AGGACGGCUCUGAGGUCAGUCCCUGAGCGACCUCAGGGGCCUCAUUUAGGGCCUCCUGGAGGAAAAGGAUCUAAAUGAGAGAAAGGAGAGAGCCUUUACCAGUGACCAGUUUCUUUCACCUGCGAGGCGCGCUUACUCAGCGCCCCAUCUGUAAGGAAAGUAUUGAGAUCUCUGUUUCUUAAGGAAGAAACGGGGACUCCGGCGGAGUCAGGGUUGUGUCGCUGGGCAGCGACAGAUUCGGAGUGCCUGUUCUUUGCACGGAAAUCAGGUCCUCAGGCUUUACCUGCAUGAAGAAUCCCGGGGUGGAGGGUGGCGUUGGCCAAGGGAUUCUGAGACUCCACAAACUGAUGAAGUCUGGGACUCCACACAUGGAAUACUACUGUGUGAUUUGAAUCAGGAAUGAAAUCUUCUGAGAGCUCAGGGCAGAAGCUUUUUUGGUCAACAUGGCAGACAAAAGACGUCAGGCGCGGGUGCAGGGAGCCUGGGCUGCCCCUGCUAAGAAACAGUCUGCUGCUCAUCCAGCUACCGAUGCUGGGAGCCUUCUCCACCAGAUGCCUGGUCAGACCUGGGGGAACAAGGAACAUCCUCUGUCUGACAGAGUGUUUGUGUUCAAAGAACCCCAGCAGGUAGUACGCAGAGCCCCAGAGCCCCGAGUGAUCGACAGGGAGGGUGUGUAUGAAAUCAGCCUGUCACCUACAGGCAUCUCUAGGGUGCGUUUGUAUCCUGGCUUUAUCGACUCAAAGGAAGCUGACUGGGUAUUGGAACAGCUGUGUCGGGACGUUCCCUGGAAACAGCGGAUGGGCAGCAGAGGGGAUGUAACUUAUCUGCAACCAAGACUUACAGCAUGGUAUGGAGAACUUCCUUACACUUACUCGAGAGUCACUAUGGAACCAAAUCCUCACUGGCACCCUGUGCUGCGCACACUGAAGCACCGCAUUGAAGACAACACCGGCCACACCUUUAACUCCGUGCUCUGCAAUCUCUACCGCGACGAGAAGGACAGCGUGGACUGGCACAGUGACGACGAGCCCGCGCUCGGGAGGUGGCCCGCCAUCGCUUCGCUCAGCUUCGGUGCCACACGCGCUUUUGAGAUGAGGAAGAAGCCCCCGCCUGAAGAGAACGGAGACUAUACCUAUGUGGAAAGAGUGAAGAUACCCUUGGAUCACGGGGCCCUGUUAAUCAUGGAAGGAGCUACACAAGCGGACUGGCAGCAUCAAGUGCCCAAAGAAUACCACUCCAGAGGUCCGAGAGUAAACCUGACCUUUCGCACCAUUUAUCCGGACCCCAGAGGGGCACCCAGCUGACGUGAGCGCUGCGGAGCUUUGCGUGCAGUGGCUACGCCCACAAGGCCCUUUGGCCCUUCGGCUGGAAGACACUUCAGGAAGCUGCUCAGCUUAUCCCGAGAUGCAGCUCUUUGGAAGAUGGUGGCAUUUGCUUCCCAGCUCACUGUCCCGUUAAAUGAGAGCCCACAGCAGUUCAUUUGGUUUUAUGUCCACUGUGGGAACAGUUGUUCCGAAGCACAUCUCAAAAUCGUGCAUUAUCUUUAGACAAAUUAAAAGCCACUGCGGCUGUGCCCUCAGAUGA